AUGUUUCCAAAUAUUAUGCUAGGGAGACCUCAGUCAAAAACAGUGACAGUGCUCACAUCAUAUCUAUCUAUCUAUCUAUCUAUCUAUCUAUCUAUCUAUCUAUCUAUCUAUCUUUGUUUAUUAAAGAAAUAUCUCAGUCAGUUCAUAUCUAUCUAUCUCUUUCUUGUUUCAUUCUUUAUAUUCUUUUCUACCAUUUUCUUUUUUUCUUUCCUUCCUUCUUUUUCAAUUGGUCCAUAUCUAUCUAUCUAUCUAUCUAUCUAUCUAUCUAUCUAUCUAUCUCAGCCUGUCCAUAUCUAUCUAUCUAGCGAUCAGAAUCUGCUCAUAUUUAUCUAUAUAUUUAUCUUUCUAUCUGUCCAAUAUCUAUCUAUCUAUCUAUCUAUCUAUCUAUCUAUCUAUCUAUCUAUCUCAUCUCCUGUUCGUUCAUCUAUCUAUCUAUCUAUCUAUCUAUCUAUCUAUCUAUCUAUCUAUCUAUCUCAGCCUGUUCAUAUCUAUCUAUCUAUCUAUCUAUCUAUCUAUCUAUCUAUCUAUCUAUCUAUCUCAGCCUGUCCAAUAUCUACCAAUCUAUCUAUCUAUCUAUCUAUCUAUCUAUCUAUCUAUCUAUCUAUCUAUCUCAGCCUCGAUCUCAAUCUGCUCAAAUUUAUCUAUAUAUCUAUCUAUCUAUCUUUCUAUCUGUCCAAUAUCUACCAAUCUAUCUAUCUAUCUAUCUAUCUAUCUAUCUAUCUAUCUCAUUAUUGUUUCAUUCUUGAUUUUGUUUUCAAUCUUUUUCUUUCUUUCUUUCUUUCUUUCUUUCUUUUUCAGUCUGUUCAUAUCUAUCUAUCUAUCUAUCUAUCUAUCUAUCUAUCUAUCAUACUCUGUUCAUAUCUAACUAUCUAG